UUACUUCUCCGUACUACUCGCCGCUGUCCGUAUACAACAACCCGCUGUUCAGCCGCUUACAUCGUCCAAAGGCGCUCCAUCGCCACUCCACCACCCCCCAGAUAGAUACCACUUAACCUCCCCACCCCCUCCCCAUUGCUCCCUCUCUCCUCCAUCCCUCCCUCCUCCGUCACCGAAAUGUCGUUCCUCAAAAAGCCCUUCCGGAAGUUGCGGGAUUUCAGCAACAACUCGGCCAGCAAUUCAAGCGAUACCCUCCCCGGCAAAGAAGACGCAAGCAAUGGCUCUCCCAUUCGUUCCACCGAGAAGGUCCCAAAUGGCAGCGGGCCCGCCAGCGGCACCAGCACACCCGACCCACGGCGACGGAGUCGCGACCUGAUCCAGGAGGAGAGGUAUAGGCGCAGUAUGGACAAGGAGCGGAUAAAGCUCGAGCAGAAGAGGCGACAGCAGCUGGCCAGGAUUGAAUCAGAGAACUUCUUGAAGGAAGGGCCCGAGGACAUUACGAAGCUGUACCGGCCCUUCAGUAUGAAUAUGAGCAAGUACCGGAACCAUGAGAAGAGGACGCUCUUCAAGGAGUUGGACUUCGCAAAAGCGGAGGGCCAGGUUAUUACCUUCCGUGCGCGUAUCCACACUCUUCGGCGCAUGAGCGCGAAGCUCGUCUUCAUCGUGUUCCGACAACAGACCAUAACCGUGCAGGGAGUCUUGCAAAGCUUCCAGCCCCACACUGACGGUGGAGGCGAAGGGCCGAACGGUACCAUCUCAGAACAAAUGAUUCGAAGCGUGGAGCGCUAUCCCAGUGAAACCAUCGUCAUCGUGCACGCAAAGAUUCGGAAGUCCCCAAAGCGAGUCAAGAAUGCGACUAUCCAUACCCACGAGUUCGAAGUCUAUGAAAUCCACAAGGUUGCUGACCUGGCGGAGAACGUUCCCUUCUCAGUCUACGAUGCCGAGAAUAUCAACCGGGAUAAAGAGGAGGUCGACGAGGAGGGCGACGAGGCCGAGGAAGAGUCCACCUUGUCCCCACGUGCAUCGGAAGAUAUAUCGCGGCGUUCCCAGGAUCUCUUAAGUCGUAGUGAGUGUGCUGGCCGGUCGAACCCCUUUCCCUCAGCUAAUAAUCCAACAGGUAGCGUAGACAUCUUGAGAAAACCCCGAUCGCUGCCUCAGAGAGUACGACUGAACAAUCGAAUCGUCGAUCUUCGAACCGCGCCUUCUCAAGCUAUCUUCCGCAUCCAAUCCGGCAUCUGCAACCUCUUCCGUUCGUAUCUCGAUACCCAAGGCUUCAUCGAAAUCCAUACCCCCAAGCUUCAAGGCGGCGCAACAGAAUCAGGCGCCAGUGUCUUCGAAGUCAACUACUUUGGUCGUCAAGCAUUCCUCGCUCAAUCCCCUCAGCUUGCGAAACAGAUGUGUAUAGCUGCCGAUUUCGAAAGGGUCUACGAGGUGGGACCCGUCUUCCGCGCCGAGGACAGCAAUACGCCCCGACACUUGACAGAAUAUACUGGGCUGGAUCUCGAGAUGGCCUUGGAAGAACACUACCAUGAAGCGUUGGAUCUUAUCGAUAACAUGUUCAAGCACUUGUGGAAAGGGAUUUACGAGCGCUAUCAGAAAGAGAUCGAUCUUCUGUCACAUUUCUAUCCCCACGAGAAGGUGCUGUGGUUGGAGGAGACACCCCGCAUCCCCUUCAAGGAGGGUGUCCAGAUGCUGAUCGAUGAUGGUUGGGUGGACGAGGAUGGAAAGCCUCCAUCCCCUCUGGAGGAUCUGGCAACUCGGGCCGAAAUCCGUCUUGGUGCACUCGUGAGAGAGAAGUACAAGACCGACUACUACAUACUUGACAAAUUCCCUGCCUCUGCACGACCUUUCUACACAAUGCCAGACCCCAACGAUGAUCGAUAUACCAACUCGUUUGAUAUCUUCAUGCGGGGACAAGAGAUCCUGAGCGGUGGGCAACGUAUUCACGAGUCGAAAUUCCUGGAGAAGAAGAUCAAGGCGCAAGGUAUCAAUCCCGAUAGUAUGGCUGAAUACCUGGAAGGAUUCCGCUGGGGAGCGCCCCCGCACGCAGGUUGCGGUAUUGGACUGGAGCGUCUCACCUAUCUCUUCCUCAACCUGGGUAACAUCCGAUUGGCCUCUCUCUACCCUCGCGAUCCCAAGUCUCUCCCCGCUAAACCACCCGUUGCCAAGCUCCGACACGAAGAUGCAUCCACGACCAACCCGCCCUGGGAAAACCAAGAAUACCUCUCGCGACAAGACGAAGAAUCCGCAAACGGGGACCACAAGGGCCAGCUUCAACCUCUCGAGAAACUCAUCGCCAACUAUGGUGAUGCAGCCAACACCUCAUGGCUCGACCAACGAUACAAUGUCUGGCGCCACCCAUCCACUGGCGCUGCGCAGGGCUAUGUCAUUCACGGCAGCUACCUCAUUUCAGUCGGCACUCCUUUGUGUGCUAAGAGUCAACUCCCACAGGUCGUAUCUGCGUAUCUCAGCUACCUGAAAUCGGAGCACAAAGACAAGAAGCCUAUCUGGAUGAUUGUUGGAAAGGACGUCGAAGAAUACCUCGGCGAGAAAUUCCAGUGGCGAACCAUCGGAUGUAUCGCGGAAGAGCGCGCGGAUCCGCGGAACAACCCGGCCCUGAAAGAUAACGAUCUUGCGCGAAAGGUCAGGCACGCUGAGAAGGAGGGCGUCAAGAACAUGGAGAUCCCAGCAAACCAACCAAUUCCUGAUGACUUCAAGGAGAAGGUUGACGCACGGGUCAAGGAUUGGCACGCUGGCCGCAAGGGGACCCAGGUCCACCUGACGCAGAUCAGACCUUGGGUUGAUAGGGAACAUCGUCGGUACUACUACGCCCAAGGGCCUGACGGUACCAUCCACGCCAUCUGUGUUCUCCACCAGCUGAGUCCACAGAAUGGGUACCAAGUGAAGUUCUCCCUUGAGUUCCCCAAUGCCCCAUCCGGAACAAUCGAGAGUUUGAUCCUGUACGCCAUGAAGCAGAUCAGCAUCUCGGACCCGGAGACCAAGCAGGUCACCUUCGGCACGGGUGCACUGCCAACACUGGAGGGUGGCCGAAACCUCGGGAAGCAGAAGGUCAAGAUGUUGAAGAAAGCUUACGAGACGAUCAACAAGCAAUUCAAGCUCACCAACAAGUCGGAGUUCAGAGAGAAAAUGGGCACAUUUGAUGAGCCUGUCUACGUCUGCUAUCCGCACGGCGGCCUGGGACCAGGAGGCAUCAAGGCCAUCAUGGGCUUCCUUGAAGAGGACCGGUAGAUGAUGAUAGACGCAGACGAAUAAUCCACGAAGUCUAAGAUGAGUAGCGGAAGUAAAGCCCGACUUAAUGUGGAAGGAGAGCCGAUCGGGCCAGCUAUAUCAUUGUAAGAAUCUUCGAGAGCGACGAAGUUUUCAUCAGAGGAUGG